AUUAAUUAGUUACCUUACAACUCAACUUUCACAGUUGCCCAGGCUCUGUUCACAACAACCCCAUUUACAUCGCCUAAGAAACACGAAAAGAGAGGAUGUGAUAUAGCCCCAAGAUGCACCAGGUUUCCGUCCUUCAAGAUGACAUUCCAAACCCCCGGCGCCCCGGCCGCCAAGCGACGGCGGAUUGAAGAGGCGAAUGCCACUCUCCGCAAACCGUUCAGGUCGCCAUUGAUAAGCCGAAGAGAUGGUAAUCCACCCGGCUCCGAAAGCCAGCAGAACUCACCGAGCGUCAAUCGUGGGUCUUUUUCUACGAAGAUCAACGCCCAGGCGCCGACCACUCCAGCACCGGCCCGAGGCUACCGCUCUUCUUCCGCUGCGACUCCUCUCUCCAGCGUUCAGAAUCGCGCGCCCAGCGCGGCAGGUCCGAAGGCGCCUGCAAGCCCAACAUCAAGACAAUCCUGCAACCCCGGCCGGGGCACCACCGAGCUCAGACCCGGAACCGCCGCGGGCGAGAACCCAGCCGAGCAGGGCGACCUCCUCCACCAGCUGCAUCUCGCCCAGGCGGACCUCGGAAACCUCCUCCGCAGCACCCAGUCCCGCCUCGACCUCGCCCGCCAAGCGCGGCACAUCGAGCAGGCAUCGGCCACCAAGAGCGGGCCCGGCGAGCCCGUCGACGCCGAGCUGCGCGCCAUGACGGCGCGGUGGAAGAGCACGAGCCGGCAGGCGGCGGAAGAGCUGUUCGGCUUGAUCAGAGAGCGGGUCGAGGGGAUGGGCGGGGUGAAGGCCUGGGGGGCGACGAGGCGGUGGCAGCAUGGCUCCUCUUGGGCCACUAUGGAAGGGGAGAGUACGGGGGGGAGGAAGGGGGACACUGUUGGUGAGGAGGGGAAUGGCGUCUUCGAAGGGGAGGAGGUGGUGGCGGUGGAGGAGGAGAAGAAGACAAGGGACGAAGAGGAGGAGGAAGAUGCCGAGUCGAGUCUCAACAUCGAGCCGGAUGUGCUGGGGUACGAUCCUGUCGAGGAGAAGUGGCGCGACUAAUUUGGAAGCUGUACUAGGAGGAAGGGAUACGGAGUAGGUGUUGACUAAUGGUCGUAGAAACUCUGCGCGUGUAAUAAUGGGAUCUUAACAUGCAUAACACAAGCCUGAGUCUUGAGAUGGCUGCUUCUUCGAGCUUGACUCGUCCGUAUACACUAGAGUAGAGUACGGAUUUGCCUACUAAUUAUAUUCGC